AUGCCUCAUCCCACUCCAGCUCUCGGAGCACUGGGUGCCAACUACAACGAGAAACUCACAUGGAUAGACCACGACGAGCUCCAGCGAGUAAAUUCGCGCUGGAUCCGCGGGUUCAUAGACAUGCACCAGAUAGAUCCUGGAAAUGUCCUCCAAGACCCAAACAUCCAAGCUCUCUUGAAGGCCAUAGACGCCGGAUACAAAACCAUCCUCAGCUUCAAAUGGAACUACUCCGAGCGCAACUUCCCCGCUAUUGGCACGGCCGCACAUGCCACAGAGCUUCAGUGCCUGGAUGCCGUGCUACGUGUUGUUCUGAAUAAAGUCAAUAUUCUCGUUAUUGGAAACGAGCCCUUCAUCGAAGUCCAGUCUGGCCACGCAGAUAAACGCUUGAAUAUAUUCUACGAGACAGUUGCAGAAGCGGUAAUCAAUUUCCGUGAGACAAAUGCGAAUCAAGGUUUCACGACACCAAAAUUAUACAUGGGUGCAUUCAAUCGUCUGGAUCUUCCAAUCAAACGUACACCCGUCAUCGAACGCAUGCUCCGCUUCGUCGCCUCAAGACCUGAACUCGAGGGCGUGGAUCUACACCCCCACAUGCCCACUCUGGAAGGUCACAAAGCCAUGCUUGACUUCGUUCUUUCGCGGAUCAGACCAGAUCAACGAUUCCUAGCUACGGAGUUCUCACUCGUAUGGCACUGGAAGAAACACCUUGGGGAUACAGUAUCAGGGUAUUUCUGUUCUAAGUAUGGAUUUCCAGCUGGGACUAAAGUUCACAAGGUGGUUAGUGCUGCUAUGCAGGAUCCAUGGCCUUAUACACAGUGGGAGGACUUUUUAUCGCAUGAGCCGUGGUAUAUACAGUGUCGGGGCUUUCUUGUGAAUGCUAUGGCAAUGUAUAGAGCUACGGGUCGACUGGAGGUUGCUACGUAUGGUCUUUGUCCUAUGCGGUUGAGGAAGUCGCCGUUGCCUGUCGAUGGGAACCCGUGGAUGCUUAAUAGUGUUUAUGCACCGUCUACAGUACAGCUUAGGCCUGAUGGGUCGAGAUAUGAGAAUUUCCCUUGGGCUGAGGAGUUUCGGAUGGUGCAGCGAGGUUAA